UUGAGUACAUGAUCCUGGCUACCAUCAUUGCUAACUGCAUCGUCCUGGCCCUGGAACAGCACCUUCCAGACGGGGACAAGACUCCUAUGUCUGAGCGCUUGGAGGACACCGAACCCUACUUCAUCGGCAUUUUCUGUUUUGAGUCAGGCAUUAAGAUCUUGGCUUUGGGCUUUGCCUUCCAUAAGGGCUCGUACCUACGCAAUGGCUGGAAUGUCAUGGACUUUGUAGUGGUGCUUACUGGAAUCCUGUCCACAGUGGGCACAGACCUUGAUCUGAGGACGCUGCGUGCUGUUCGAGUGUUGAGACCCCUCAAACUGGUGUCUGGGAUUCCCAGCUUGCAGGUUGUGCUUAAAUCCAUCAUGAAGGCUAUGAUUCCUCUGCUGCAGAUCGGUCUGCUGCUCUUCUUUGCCAUCCUCAUGUUCGCCAUCAUCGGUCUUGAGUUCUACAUGGGCAAAUUUCACACCACUUGCUUUGACAUCAUCACUGAUGAGAUACGAGAGGAGUUUCCAUGCGGAAAUGAAACUAACGCUCGGACCUGUCCUAAUGGAACAGUAUGUAAAAAGUACUGGAUCGGACCCAACUAUGGUAUUACGCAGUUUGACAACAUCCUGUUUGCCGUGCUCACAGUCUUCCAGUGCAUCACCAUGGAGGGCUGGACUGACCUGUUAUACUAUAGCAAUGAUGCUUCAGGGAGUGCAUGGAACUGGAUGUACUUCAUCCCCCUCAUCAUCAUCGGCUCCUUCUUCAUGCUCAAUCUUGUGCUGGGUGUGCUGUCAGGUGAGUUUGCCAAAGAAAGGGAGCGCGUGGAGAACAGGAGAGAGUUUCUUAAGCUGAAGCGUCAGCAGCAGAUAGAGAGAGAGCUGAACGGAUAUCUGGAGUGGAUCUGCAAAGCAGAAGAAGUGAUUUUGGCUGACGAGGACAAUGACCCAGAUGACCGGAUGCCCUUUGACGGCACGCGAAGGAGGCCUACCAUCAAGAAGAAUAAAGCAGACCUGCUGGAUGCAGAGGAUGGAGAUGGAGAUAUAGGUUCUCCGUUUGCACGGGGCAGUCUGAAGAGCUCCAAACUGGAGGGCUCUUCCUUCCAUAAAAAGGAGCGUCGUCUGCGGUUCUUCGUCAGGCACAUAGUGAAGACGCAGGCGUUCUACUGGUCUGUGCUGUGUCUGGUGGGACUCAACACUCUGUGUGUGGCCGCUGUGCACUACGACCAGCCUGAAAAGCUCUCCGACUUCCUCUACUUUGCUGAGUUCAUCUUCCUGGGGAUCUUUAUGUCAGAGAUGUGUAUAAAGAUGUAUGGGCUGGGGACCAGUCCUUAUUUUCACUCCUCCUUCAACUGUUUCGACUGCAUUGUCAUUUGUGGCAGCAUUUUCGAGGUGCUCUGGUCUAUGAUCCAGCCAGGAACCUCGUUUGGGAUCAGUGUGUUACGAGCUCUCAGGUUACUGAGGAUCUUCAAAGUGACCAAGUAUUGGGCGUCUCUGAGGAACCUGGUGGUGUCUUUGUUGAACUCCAUGAAAUCCAUUAUCAGUUUACUCUUCCUCCUUUUCCUCUUCAUCGUGGUCUUUGCUCUGCUGGGCAUGCAGCUGUUUGGAGGACAGUUUAAUUUUGAAGCCGGGACACCACCUACAAACUUUGAUACUUUUCCUGCAGCAAUAAUGACAGUGUUUCAGAUCCUGACGGGUGAAGACUGGAACAUGGUGAUGUAUGAUGGGAUCGAGUCUCAGGGAGGAGAAAAGGGCAUGGUCUUCUCAGUCUUCUUCAUCGUUCUUACACUCUUCGGCAACUACACUUUGCUCAAUGUGUUCUUGGCUAUCGCUGUGGACAAUCUGGCCAAUGCACAAGAGCUGACCAAGGAUGAACAGGAGGAAGAGCAAGCAGCCAAUCAGAAAAUGGCUCUUCAGGCGGCCAAGGAAGUAGCAGAGGUCAGCCCACUGUCUGCAGCCAGCCUCUCCAUUGCUGCCGUGACAGUAAGCUCUGAGCGUCUUGAUGCAACAGAACACUUUCUGGACUGUAAAGAGCAACAGAAGAACCACAAAGGUUGUAAGUCGGUAUGGGAGCAGCGCACUAGUGAGCUGAGACGACAGACCCUGGUGAACAGCAGAGAGGUGCUUUACAAUGAGUUGGACCCUGAAGAUCGCUGGAAGGUCUCAUACUCCCGUCACAUUCGUCCCGACAUGAAGACACAUCUGGACCGGCCGUUGGUCGUGGACCCUCAGGAGAACCGCAAUAACAAUACCAACAAAACUCGACCGGGUGACGGCCAGCCCCAGCGCACUCAUCAGCUCUUGCACAAACAGCCCAACUUCAAUGAGGGGGAGAGUGGAGGAGGAGGUGGAGGGUCUGAGCCCUGGACUGCGCUGGAAAGGGGGGACUCCACAGGAUCCCGUAGGAGUCUUUUAGGCUCAGAGGACAAUGGGGAGGGUAGAGAGUCUCACCGCAGACAUCAGCAUGGUGAGCGCUGCAGCCAGGCUCGCCAACACCAUAGAGCUGCUAAGGAAGAGGGAGAGGGUGGAGGGAGGAGACACAGGAAUAAGGGCAAGGAAAGAGGUCCUGAUUGUGAGCAUGCAGAUGGAGGAGAGCGGAAACACAGACAUCAUCGCCAUGAGGGCGAAGGAAGAAAAGAUAGAGGGGUGCGACACCGUACCAGGAAGGAUGGUCAUGGAAGUGGCCCCAUUCUCUCCACCACUCGUCCCAUUCAGAAGACUCUGUCCAGGCAGGACAGUCAGUACAGUGAGGACCUGGACAAUGCCAUGAACAGCAAGCUUGCCACCCAGCCACCUAGUAACUCCACUCCUCAUGAUAGUCUGCUCAAUCUGGCUAACAGUGCCCACACUGCCGGCCUGGCACAUACUGGCACAGAGAGCAGCCUCAUUCUCACCAAGCCCUCCUCUACCACUGCUAAUGUUACCAGCACUGGUCACCUGGGCAUGAAACCUGAUUACACUGCCGUGGACAUCCCCCCGAUGUUCCCUUCCAGUAAUGCCAUCCUACAGGUCAAUAAAAAUGCAAACACAGAGCCCCUGCCCAAGAAGGAGGACACAAAGGGUGACGAUGAUGAUGAUGAGAAAGAUGAUGGGGGGCCUAAACCCAUGCCACCCUUCUCCUCAAUGUUCAUUCUGUCUACCACCAACCCAUUUCGGAGGUUGUGCCACUAUAUUGUCACGCUCAGAUAUUUUGAGAUGUGUAUUCUGCUGGUCAUUGCAAUGAGCAGUAUUGCCCUGGCCGCUGAAGACCCUGUCUGGCCCGAUUCCCCCCGCAACAAUGUCCUGCGGUACUUUGACUAUGUGUUCACUGGUGUGUUCACCUUUGAGAUGCUCAUUAAGAUGGUAGAUUUAGGUCUUGUCCUGCAUCAAGGCUCAUAUUUCCGUGACCUAUGGAACAUCCUGGACUUUAUAGUGGUUAGUGGUGCCCUGGUGGCGUUUGCCUUCACAGGAAGCAGCAAGGGGAAAGACAUCAGUACUAUCAAGUCUCUGCGUGUGCUCCGAGUACUGCGGCCUCUGAAAACCAUCAAGCGUCUGCCCAAGCUAAAGGCUGUCUUUGACUGUGUGGUGAACUCUCUGAAGAAUGUGUUGAACAUACUCAUUGUCUACAUGCUGUUCAUGUUCAUCUUCGCUGUGGUGGCUGUGCAGCUCUUCAAAGGCCGUUUCUUCUACUGUACCGAUGAAUCCAAGGAGUUUGAGCGUGACUGCAGGGGCGAAUAUCUUGUCUAUGAAAGAGAUAACGAAGUGCGGGCGCAGAAGCGGGAAUGGAAGAAAUACGAUUUCCACUACGACAAUGUGCUCUGGGCCCUUCUCACCCUCUUCACCGUUUCUACGGGAGAGGGGUGGCCACAGGUGCUGAAACAUUCAGUGGAUGCGACCUACGAGAAUCAGGGCCCGAGUCCAGGUUACCGGAUGGAAAUGUCCAUCUUUUACGUGGUGUACUUCGUGGUCUUCCCCUUCUUCUUCGUCAACAUCUUCGUGGCUCUUAUCAUCAUCACUUUCCAGGAGCAAGGAGACAAAAUGAUGGAAGAGUAUAGCCUGGAAAAGAAUGAGAGAGCCUGCAUAGACUUCGCCAUCAAUGCUAAACCGCUCACGCGACACAUGCCUCAGAACAAACAGACAUUCCAGUACCGCAUGUGGGAAUUUGUGGUGUCCCCUCCAUUUGAAUACACCAUCAUGACCUUGAUUGCCCUCAACACCAUUGUCCUAAUGAUGAAGUAUGAUGGAGCAUCAGAUGUCUAUGAAGCUGUAUUAGCCAACCUGAACAUAGUGUUCACCUCACUUUUCUCCAUGGAGUGCUUAUUGAAGAUCAUUGCCUUCGGAGUGCUGAACUACUUCAAAGACGCCUGGAACAUCUUCGACUGUGUGACUGUACUUGGCAGCAUCACUGAUAUUUUAGUCACAGAGCUAGGGAACAACUUCAUAAAUCUGAGUUUUCUGAGGCUCUUCAGAGCCGCUCGUCUCAUUAAGUUGCUCAGGCAGGGUGAGACCAUACGCAUCCUGCUCUGGACCUUCGUCCAGUCUUUCAAGGCUCUGCCGUAUGUGUGCCUACUUAUCGCCAUGCUGUUCUUCAUCUACGCCAUCAUCGGCAUGCAGCUGUUCGGGAACAUUGCGAUUGAGGAGGAUGGUGAGAGCAUUAACCAGCACAACAACUUCAGGACUUUUUUCCAGGCCCUAAUGCUGCUCUUCAGGAGUGCUACAGGCGAGGCAUGGCACGACAUCAUGCUCUCAUGUCUGGGGAAGAAGGUGUGUGAUCCUCUCUCUAGUAACCCGGAGCCAGAAUGUGGGAGCGAGUUUGCCUACCUCUACUUUGUCUCCUUCAUCUUCCUCUGUUCCUUUCUGAUGCUGAAUCUGUUCGUGGCUGUGAUCAUGGAUAAUUUCGAGUACCUGACGCGUGACUCCUCUAUCCUGGGACCCCAUCACCUGGACGAGUAUGUGAGAAUCUGGGCGGAGUAUGACCCAGCUGCGUGGUGAGCCUAUGU